AUGGCGAAGGUGAGGUUGGCGUCAUCCAAUUCUAAAGGAGAGGGCUUCUGCGAGAAAUGUCUUGCUAUGGCAGGAAACCGAGCAGGAAGGGAAGGGUCCGACAGGGCCCUCCAAACAUUGAUCAGACGGUUAGAAGAAGCUCCAACAGUUCUUACAGUCAGUGGCUGGAGUAGCCCAUCACUCUCUGACCAAUCUGGGCCCUCGCCUCCAAGCCCAUUUUGCCGGCGACUAUGCGCGUGGAGAUCCCGUCAUUCUCCACCGCCGCCGCCGCCGCCGUCGCCCAUCCCCGGCGACCCACCCGCCACCUCGCUUAUGUUACGGUCUCUCCCCAUUCUACUCCUCCACUCCGCGCUCUCCUCCAAGCCGACCCCAUCUAGGCUCCUCUCUUCCGCCGCCGCCGCCGCCGCGGCCUCCACCGGCUCGGUUGCGCGGGGCGGCGGGGCGCAUGGCAGCGUAUCGGCCGUAUUGGCCAUUGUGGGACCCAUCGAGCUCCUCUUGCCGUCCUCCGAGGCGCGCCUCUACGUGCGCCUCCUGCGGCGCUGCGCGCUCGACGCGCUCGCCGCCGGCGCCGGCGCCGUCCACGGGCACGUCCUCAAGCGCGGCUUCGCCCCCGACACGCUCGUCUCCAACGUCCUGAUGGACACCUACGCCAAGGGCGGCUCCCUGGCGGCCUGCCGCCACCUGUUCGACGAAAUGCCUCACAGGGACGUGGCGUCCUGGUGCACCGUCGUUUCUGCGCACGCCAGCCGGGGCCUCUGGAUUGAUGCCAUCGGGGUGUUCAAGGGGCUAUUGUCCUCCGAGGUGAAGCCAAACCGGUUUGUCAUCUCGGCGACGCUGAAUGCAUGUGCCAGGUCUGGUGUCAUGGAGCUGGGGCUCAUGGUACAUGGAUUGGUGAUCAAGUCUGGGUUGGGUGUUGAUAGGUUUGUGGAGGUUGGAUUUGUUGAUAUGUAUGCAAAAUGUGGCAAUGUAGGCUGCUCUUUUAGGUUCUUCAGUGAAAUUCCGGUGAAGAGUUCAGUUGCUUGGAAUGCAAUGAUUUCAGGUUUUAUUGAGAAUGGCUGUGUUGUGGAGGCUGCUGAGCUUUGCAGGGAUAUGCAUAGAGUUGACAUUUCAAUGGAUGUGGUGACAUUGAGGUUAGCUGCUGGCGUCGCUGCUUUUCUUGGAAUGUUUGAGCUUUGCAGGAAUGUUCAUGUUUAUGCACUUAAAGUGGGGUUGGGAAGAGAUUGUUAUGUUCUGUCUGAGCUGGUUAAGUCAGCCGGGAGGGUAGGUGAUACUCAGUACAUUGGACAGCUUGUUGCUGCAGCUAGAAGGCGUGAUGCAUCUUUGUAUUCUUUAGCUAUAUCAGGCUAUCACUCAAAUGGUUGCCGGGAUGAAGCAGUGAAGCUAGUUGAACAUCUUCUUUCUUCAGGCCUCAGUUUAAGGGAAGGGGAUCUGGUCACCGUUGUAGAUGUUUGUCAUAUCAAAGAGGAAGUUCAGCAAGUGCAUGCUUAUACAUUGAAAUCUGGAAGCUUCAGUUAUAUUAAUGUAUGUAAUGCUCUUAUAUCGGUAUACUCUGAAAUAGGAUCGCUGAUGCACGCCGAAGCAAUCUUCAAAACUUCAGAGUCACGAGAUGUUGUAUCAUGGGCUGCAGUCAUGGCAGGCUGUGUCAAGAACCUCCAAUUUGAAAAAGCAUUUGGUUAUUUUAGAGGGUUAAGAAAUUCUGGAGCACUAUUAGAUCAGCACUGUGUUGCUACUAUCAUAAAUUCAUGCACAGGACUUGAAGACAUGGAUAAGGGAGAGCAGAUUCACGCUCUGGCUCUUAAAGUUGGGAUAUUGGUUGCUGACUUUGUUAGUGCUUCCCUAGUGACCAUGUAUGCAAAAUGCCAUCAUAUUAAGUGUGCUGCUGAGCUUUUCUCCCACACACCUUUUCCGAGAAAUAUAGUUUUAACUAAUGCGAUGCUCUCGGGGUAUUGCUGGAAUUUCCUGCCAGAGAAAGCUCUUCUGCUCUUCUGCAAUGAAUAUCGUUCUGGUCUGCGUCCUGAUCAUUUCACUUGUUCAACUGUUCUCAGUGCAUGCGCCGAUAUAGGAGCAAAGGAGACUGGUGAACAGGUUCAUGGCUAUCUUGUAAAGAUUGGUUCUGAAUACAUGGAUGCCAUUGUUGGAAAUGCUAUCAUAGACCUUUAUGUCAAGUGUGGAAGCAUUGCCAGUGCUUGUAGUUUUUUCCAUAGCAUGAGAAGUUGGAGCAUAAAUUCAUAUGCAAUGCUAAUGUUGGGUUAUAUUCAGAACAGAUGUGGUGAUGAAGCUCUUCAUCUUUUCUCCAAAAUGCAGCACAGUGGAUUGCGUGCAAACCGUGUUACCUUUGCAAGAAUUUUGCGUGGAUGUGCUGACCUAUGUGCUAUUGAUUUAGGGAGACAAGUCCAUGCUUCUAUUAUAAAGAUGGGUUUGAUCUCUGAUGUAUAUGUCGCAAAUGCACUUGUAGGAAUGUAUAAAAGAUCUGACGGUUUGAUGGAAUCAAGAAGAGACUCUCAAGAAAUUUUGGCAGGAAAUGGUCCAGAACAGAAUACUGAAGAUAACUGCUAUUCAGAACAAAGGGAUGGAAGCAGCGACCUUGAAGAAAUUGGGCUGUUUACGUUGGAAGAAGAGAAAAAUCAUGAAACUUAUGCUGAUGUGCGGAAUAUUUCUAUUUGUGCUGCUUCUCAGUAUUCCGGAACUCCACUUCCCAUCCAUGUGGUUGGACAGGAACUUAGGAUGAACACUAUCAUGUGGAGUGGAAGAAAUGAGAAGGGCAGUGAAAGCAAGGUUUUUCUAGAUACAGGAUAUCAGGGAAACAGAGGUGGAUCUCACAAGCUGUUUAACUUGUUACACGUGGACAGCACUGGAUCUGACCAAUUCGUCCUAGUUGUCUUCAUUGACAAUAGCCUUAAGAUAGAGGAUACAAGAUUUGUUAAUACCGAGUUAAUAAGAUCAGGUGUUGCACCAGCACUCGGCAUUCCUCCUUGACAAGUUAUUGCGCAGUACGAAAACUACUUACUGGCCCUGUUAUUUCUCAUGCAACAAACUGAAUCAUCAUGUUGGCAUAUCAGAAAAGCAUGCAAGGGAAGCAAACUCUGAGUUGGGUUAUGAGUUCAUGCAUCAUUCACCCCUCAAAUCCACAUCACGUCUAUGAACUUUCACAUGAUGCACACCAUAUGACCAUGAGAACUCAAUAUCUCUUUGCAUUUUCAUGGGAGAUGUUUACACCAAGUUAAAGUAAACCAAACACUGCUUUGAAGUUCUCCAACCGCUGGAUGGUUUAGUUGCAUGGAAGAAUAGAUCAAGAAUGUCGAACAGGGGACAACUCCUCUCUUCAAGCACUUCCAUGACAGGAGGUAGCAGGCUCGGAAAAGUCAGCUUGAGCUUUGUUCACUGCUAAACUAGCACCAGACUUGAAUGAGAAGAAUGGUACAUCAGACGUGGCGGAAUCCAGGAUGUUGCACAUUUUUGUUGUGACUACUCCUAAGCAUCAUUUCCCAAUUCAGCAACUUCAAUCUGACAGUAAGAUUGAUCUGCAAGAAGAUAACCACAGUCAAGGCAAGCAGUUGCAUCCAGCAUAAAACCACUGGUUCCGCCCUUGUAUUUUUUUUGGGGGGCUUUUUAGAUGAGAUGGAGCUAGCACACACCAACUAAUCUGUGAGAUAAAAAGGUAUAGAUAUAUGAAUACGAUACCCGAUCAACACUGUUGGGUUCCUAGCAUAAAAGGAAAAAAAGAAGAGCUAUGAUAGAAGAAAGGGUGCAAAUUGCAGAAGGUUGUCAACAAGAGUCACAACUGUAAACUGCAAACUGGUGUCCAUGUUUUUUUGUCCAUUGUCAAGAAUUUGAAGGUUCCUAUA